AUUACAAUACAUUUAAAAAGUGUUUCCUUAUUAUUGGUGCUACACUAAUACAAAAAAUGUGUCAAAUCGACAUUUGCUUGAUAUAAUGUUAUGUAAUAUACAAAAAAAAAAGAUUUGUUAUUUUAUGUAAACAAAACAAACAUCAUUUAGGCGAAAUCCAACUCAAAUACAAUUGUAUAUUUCACGCCUGAAUUUAUUCAAAAUCUACAAAACUACGACUAAUUAUCUACUAACUUAAUUAUUAACUGAUGAGCUAUUGUGAAAUGUUCCUGUUUAACACCACUGGGGCAAUUUGACAGUUGAGAGCAUUUAAAAUGACACCAAUUAAUUGUGUAGUUAUUAUAAUAAAUUAUAUAUUACGUAGUUAUUGUUUUAAACAAUCGCAUCGCUGCAGUGAUACAGAAUUAAAUGACUGAGCUCAUCAAAACAACUCCAGCAGCUCGGUGGGUUUUUCCGGGGGGCUUGAGCGUGUGCGUGUGCGUGUGAGAGACGCAGAAAGAAGGAGCAGUUUCGAGGAAGUGACGGACGCGGCUCAGGGGACUGGCCAGAGGAAGUUUGCUCCAUGGUGGCGGUGUCGUGCGCCCCAACCAAACUUUUCCCUUUUUUUAGGCGCCAGCGACGCCGUGGAGCUGGCGAACGGAUAGAACACCGCGGGGAGCUUUUCCCCCCCUCACUCCUCGUUCUAUUUCCAUUUUAACAGCAUUGUGGAAUACUAAGUUGAGAUAGGAGGGGUGUCGCGGAGGAAUUUCACAACCAACCUCCUUCGUCUUUUUUUUUUCACGCAUCUGCAAUGGGGAAGGAACAGGAGCUCCUCGAAGCGGCGCGUACGGGAAACCUGGCCGCGGUGGAGAAGCUUUUAUCCGGGAAACGACAGUCGGCUGCCACCGGUGGCGGCUCAUACCCGACGGGUGGAAGCGGUAACAGCGGCGGCCACGCUGCCUCAUCGCAUCCCCUCUCCAGUCUGCUCAGCAUAUGGAGAGGUCCCAAUGUGAAUUGUGUGGACAGCACUGGAUACACCCCUCUACACCAUGCCGCCUUAAAUGGACACAGUCAGGUGGUGGAAUUGCUACUACGAAAUGAGGCCUUGACCAACAUAGCUGACAACAAGGGCUGCUACCCUCUGCACCUUGCAGCAUGGAAAGGAGAUGAGCACAUUGUCAGGUUGCUCGUCCACCAAGGACCUUCGCACCCCAGACUCAACGAACAGAGCUCUGUAGACCAUAAAGAGUUCAAACGCUGUGGGCCCUUUGACCCUUAUAUUAAUGCCAAGAACAAUGACAAUGAGACGCCGCUGCACUGCGCCGCUCAGUAUGGACACUCACAGGUCGUCCGGCUACUGCUGGAGGAGCUGACGGACCCAACCAUGAGGAAUAACAAAUUUGAGACUCCCCUGGAUCUUGCUGCACUGUACGGCCGCCUAGAGGUGGUCAAGCUGCUUCUCAGCGCCCACCCAAAUCUUCUCAGCUGCAACACCAAGAAGCACACGCCGCUGCAUCUGGCCUCCAGGAAUGGACAUCUGUCUGUGGUGGAGGUGCUGCUACAUGCUGGCAUGGACAUUAACUAUGAGACAGAGAAAGGAAGCGCGCUCCACGAAGCAGCCCUGUUUGGGAAGACAGAUGUGGUGCAGAAACUACUCCAUGCAGGUAUCGAUGUGAACAUGUUGGACCAGAAGGGCCUAACAGCGCUGGACACAGUCAAAGACAUGCCCUCUCAGAAGAGCAGAGAGAUAGCUGCACUCAUCCAAGGUCUUGGAAAACCACCUGACAUCGACCUCCCCCCUCCACCAAUCCCUCCGCCUCUGGAGAGUCCCAGUCCACAGAAAAAGGGUGAUCUGGACAAAAUGAGUGAAUUGAUAUCGCGGCUGGCCCCGGGGCCUGAGGAAGAGAGUCCCUAUGAAGCUCUGUUUGAAGCUACCUCCUGCCAUUCUCUCGACAGCCUGACGAGCGGAAAAUCCUCAGACAGGGACUCCGGAAGACCAGACAGUGAAGCGGGAAAGAAAGAUCGCCUCGUCCUCUCAGCACAUGCUGGUGCUGGUCUUGAAGAAGAGGUGAGCUCAGAGGCUCUAUUUACCAAUAGCAGUAUUGAUGAGAGAGGAGAGCCUGCUGAGGAGGAGGAAGAUCACACAUAUGAGUUGUUGCUGACUGCACAAACCAAAGUCCCACCGCCAGGCCAAGUGUCGGAGUUCUACAAAGAUGAAAGUGGAUGCAUCCAGUCUUCCAACAGUGUCCUACCUCAGUGUAACGCCAAUGCCCUAAGUGACCCUAUGGCCCCGAGCAUGGCAAAAAAUACACUUCACCCUCCCCAACGGGUGGGCCAGCGAACAUCAGGAGAUAACUCCCAGCUCAGCCAGGAUCAGGGUCCUGGUGUCCCGGAACAAUUUACCGGCCUUCUUCACGGAUCCUCCCCUGUGUUUGACUGUCACGAGGAUCCCUUCAGGGUCCCAGGUGUCCUGCCACCCACUCAGAGCCAGCAGCAGCCAAGAGCCAAAGCGAAAGAGCAAGCGCCACCUAGCCGUCCCAGUAUGGCUGCCAUCCUUACAGAUUGUGAUCCGAAAGCCAUUUAUGCCACUGUGAACAAGGAGCCCAGAGACUCAGGGGCGUUGUGUGCUGGUAGGAUGCGUCCUCCCGGCGACCUUAAGCUUGCCCGUAGUCUCUCCAAGUCGGACUCAGACUUGCUUGUGUCGCCUCCUAACGAAGAAGACGGAGGACUAGGCAACCGAAGUGAAUCCGUUUCUAACUGUAGCAGUGGGAAGAAAAGGCUUGAGAAAUCUCCGUCAUUCACCUCAGAAUGGGACGAGCAGACAGUGGCACCUUCUCCCAGCACAAAAUCACCGGGCUCUAAAUCCCAUGACAGCAUUGAGAAAAUCAUGACGCUGAUUGGUGCUGGCAUCGAUUUUUCCAGGGAUCAGCAAUACGCUACUCCAGGUGCCUCGGCCCGACUGCUGGAGCAGUCUGUGGGAGACUGGCUGGAGCUGGUGGGGCUGCCACAGUACGAGAGCAAGCUGCUCCUCAAUGGUUUUGACGAUCUUCAUUUCAUGGGGAGCAAUGUCAUGGAGGACCAGGACUUGCGAGAGAUUGGAAUCACAGACCCAGGACAUAGGAAGAAGGUCCUGCAUGCCGCACGGUCUUUACCUAAGGUCAAAGCCCUGGGCUGUGAUGGCAGCAACUCCCUCUCCUCUUGGCUAGACAAUCUGGGUCUGAACGAAUACCUGCACAACUUCCUGACCAGUGGUUACCGCUCGCUGGACUGUGUCAAGAAUCUUUGGGAACUGGAGAUUGUCAAUGUCCUUAAAAUCACCCUUCUUGGUCACAGAAAGCGCAUAAUUGCAUCUUUAGCCGAGAGGCCUAAUGAGGAACCUCCCAUCAAACCGCCUCGGUUGUCUCAGAUCAGGUGCCAAGACCUCCCUGCAUCCCAGUCCUCGUCGUCUCUGGGUCAGAUGGAGUCUUACACAAGCCACUCCAUGGAUCCUCUUGUACCAGCAGGCGAACAAGUGAGGAAGAAAGUAGCAGAUAGUGACUACGAUGUCACCCAACGACAUCGCAAUGAGCGCCGCAGAUCACAUGAAAGGCGUCGGGAACCCCGUCUGACCCUUCGGCCGCCUAGUCUGGCGGCACCAUAUGCUCCGGUCCAGAACUGGCACCACCAGCCUGAGAAGCUCAUCUUUGAGUGCUGUGCCUAUGAAGCCAGUUACCUGGGUUCCAUGCUUAUAAAGGACUUACGGGGGACUGAAUCUACCCAGGAUGCUUGUGCCAAAAUGCGGAGGUCAACAGAACAAAUGCGAAAGGUCCCGACUAUUGUCCUCUCUAUCACAUACAAGGGUGUGAAGUUCAUCGAUGCAGCCAACAAGAACAUCAUCGCUGAACACGAGAUCCGUAACAUUUCGUGUGCGGCCCAGGACCCGGAGGACUUGUGCACGUUCGCCUACAUAACAAAGGACCUACAGACGAGCCACCACUACUGUCAUGUGUUCAGCACUGUCGAUGUGAACCUAACCUAUGAGAUCAUACUGACACUGGGCCAAGCGUUUGAGGUGGCUUAUCAGCUGGCCCUGCAGGCCCAGAGGACCAAACAACACCAGAACCUCCCAGUGGGUACUCCUUCAGACAUCAUCGAUACCAAGUCCAGUCGACCUGUGCCCAGACCACGAAGCAGUGUUCGCAAAUUAGGGACGGACCUUUUGGAACAGGAGGGAGAGUCACAGCCCCAGAGUGGCGCCACUUGGUUUGUGGACCCCAAGGAACCCAAGCGUACAAUCAGCACUAAGUACGAGACCACCAUUUUCUGAGUGGACCCCUCCUACACCCCCAUCUUCUUCACCCUUGAUCUGGUCACACAUGCUCUCUUUCACCUUCCUCCCCUCCCCUGCGUGCCUUUCACUGCGACUCCGCCUGCCGCCGCUCUGUCCAGAAUCUUCUCUUGCACACUUGUAGAUCUAAUCCUCUUCCAGCUAGUGUUCACCAUCGUCGCCUCUGUUUACCACGUCUGCUCCCUGAACUCUCUCUGCAAUAUGUCACCUUCUUUCCCCCCUGGUCAACAUCUCACUGUUGACUCUUGGUGAUAAGCCCUUUUUUUUUUGUUGGUGCUUUUCCUGCUCUGUUAGGCGACGACCGCUUUGAGGCUUUGCGCUCCUGACGCCGAGACGCUGCACGCAUCCUACACCUCCAUGGCAAGCUGUGUUGCGAUGCGUCUGUGCAUCAGCCGGCUUGUCACGGGCGCUUUCUGUUUCGCUGUCAACCGCUUGUUCAAGUCCAAAGGAGGCACAUAUCCCAAAACACUGUGAUACGCUGACAAAGUUAGCAUCAAAGCACUUUCACUAACACCCAAAGUGUGCCCUGCUCUGGCUUUAUUUUGGAAAACAUCCCACUUGUUCUUGCAAAUGGGAAUAUAUCACUGUGUCCAUGUCCAAUUCCUUUAUUUUAACCUCACUGUUGUGUGUGUGCAUGUGUCCUCUCCCUUCAGCUGAACACAAAAAGGACAAACCUGUUGCAUGACGGGUAGGAGGAAAAAAUGGUGGACCGCCACAGUCAGGAAAGGUGCGUGCGUAGGGGUGGUUGCUGGUGUGACCUCACUCCCGUAUUCUGUCCAUCAGAGAUGUCGCGUAGCACACAUUUUCCGAGAAAUGCUUUCUCCUAGAGUUGUCCAUCGAGGUGGCAUUUGUGUUUUGUCAAAAAGCUCCAAAAUUCAUCUCAGCAUAUUUAACUGUGAUAAACAAUCUUGCACGGAGUGAUUCCUUAAUUCAACCAAACUACGAUUCCAACAAACAACACUACACAGACUAGUGAUAUAACAGGGUGCAGAUUUUGCAUUUAAACUUUUCAAUGUUAUUUUUUUAUUUGUUUGGUAGGAUAAUUGUCCUAAUGCAGGAACUUGAACUGUCUCCCUGCUCCUCUGUUGGGUAAAUCUACACAAGAAUAUUCACCAAACCUGCCAUGCGGGAUCUGCUACUUCAUUUUUUUAGCUUUUAUUUCAGCUUCGGAACAAACACGAAACAGAAAGCAGCUUUUUCUCGCAGCUUGUUGACUGUCAUGGUACUGGCUGGUCAGCUGAUGUGUAGAUGGGUACAGUCAGGGCGUGUUGAUUAACACUUGCUUGGUGUCUACUGUAUUCGGUACGAGCAGUAGGAUGAAAUGUACGGUACACGCUCUUUAGUGCGCUGGUGUCAGCACCUUUCAGCCUCAGCCUGGUCCAAUUCUGCCUUUGCACAUCACUGAGGAUCAGGAUCCAUAUUUUGGGACGAAUCUGAUGAUAUUGUACAUGAAUCUAGCUGUCUUUAUUUUGAUACUUGAAUGAUUUGUGCUUUUAUAGCUCUCUAUACAUUGUAUAUGUAUAUGUAUGUAUGUAAUUUUUGACUUUUGUCAAAAGAGAUUAAAAGGACUAUGUCUUAUAAAGUGAAA